AUGACCGUCAUUCAUAUUGAUGUCGCCGAGACAGUUAGGAGAGAGUUCCUAUCUCAGAUCAAGACUCUGAAAACCCUGCCUUGUGUCAAAAGCCAAAGACUUGUCGUUGGAGGCCCAUCAAUUACAACUCCGAUUGAAAAGAGCAAAGGAUUUCAGUAUGCGUUAGUGAGCUACCAUGAGAACCAAGCGGCUCUGGACGAAUACCAAGCUAGCAGUGAACAUCACCGGUAUGGCACGCACGUAUCUGAUAGCGUCUAA